GGGGGCGCUGGGGCAGGCCCAGCCCAGCAGGGCCACUUGCAUUGGCCUCUGGAGCCCAACUGUGCUCUCCCACCACUGGUCUGGCCACUGUGUUUGCACUGGGACUCCCUCUCUGAGCCUCUCAUCAUUGCGGGCAGGCUUUGCUGCAGAUUGGGAUCAACAUGAUGGCGCUACCUGGAGGUUGCCACCUGGACUCCACCCCCGAGCAGAGCCAGCGGCUGCACCUGAUGCAGGUGGAUUCAGUCCAGCGCUGGAUGGAGGACCUGAAACUCAUGACGGAGUGCGAGUGCAUGUGCGUCCUGCAGGCCAAGCCCAUCAGUCUGGAAGAGGACGCGCAGGGUGACCUCAUCCUGGCGGGAGGGCCUGGUUCCGGGGACCCUCUGCAACUGCUGCUCAAGCGAGGCUGGGUCAUCAGCACCGAGCUUCGCAGGAUCGGGCAGAAGCUGACACAGGAGCGCUGGGCGCGUGUGCAUAGCAUGAGCGUGCGGCUCACCUGCCAUGCCCGCUCCAUGGUCAGCGAGUACAGCACGGCCAGCAGGAGCGCAUCGCCGGAAAUGGGCCAGGUGGAGAAGCUGCUGAUGGCCCAGUGCUCAGAGCUGUCAGCGAUCACGGAGAGGUGUCUUCAGGUGGAGAAUGAGCACGUCCUGAAGUCCAUGAAGGCCUGUGUGAGUGAGACCCUGAGCACACUGGGCCAGCACUUUGGCCAACUGCUGGAGCUGGCCCUGACUCGAGAGGUACAGGCACUGGUAAAAAAAAUCGAUGCUUCAGACAGCAUCUACACCAUGGAAUCCACCACUGGGAACCUGUUCAGCCUGACCCAGGAGGGGGCGCCCCUGUGCCGCAUCAUUGCCAAGGAGGGUGGUGUUGCAGCCCUCAUCAGCGUCUGCCGGCAGGACAGCUUCAGGUGCUUGUACCCUCAGGCGCUCCGCACACUGGCCUCCAUCUGCUGUGUGGAAGAAGGCCUCCACCAGCUGGAGAAGGUGGACGGUGUCCUGUGCUUGGCCGACAUCCUCACUGACGACAGCCACUCAGAGGCCACUAGGGCUGAGGCCGCGGCUGUGGUGGCUCAGGUCACCUCCCCACACCUGACCUUCACUCAGCACCUCAGCAGCUUCCUGGAGAGCAUGGAGGAGAUCGUGACAGCUCUCAUCAAACUGUGCCAAGAGGCCUCUUCCGGGGAAGUCUUUCUGCUGGCCUCGGCAGCCCUCGCCAACAUCACCUUCUUUGACUCCGUGGCCUGUGAGAUGCUCCUGCAGCUGAACGCCGUCCGUGUCCUCCUGGAAGCCUGCGGGGACAAGCAGAGAGUGGACACGCCUUAUACCCGGGACCAGAUUGUGACCAUCUUGGCAAACAUGUCAGUCCUGGAACAGUGUGCCUCUGACAUCAUCCAGGAGAAUGGGGUUGAGCUCAUCAUGGGCUUGCUGUCUGAGAAGCCGAGGUCUGGGACGCCAGCCGAGGUGGCAGCCUGCGAGCGAGUCCAGCAGAAGGCCGCCGUGACGCUGGCUCGCCUCAGCCGAGACCCAGAGGUGGCACGGGAAGCUGUUCGACUGAGCUGUAUGUCCCGCCUCAUCGAGCUCUGCAGAUCCCCCUCUGAAAGGAACAGCAGUGACGCGGUGCUCGUGGCCUGUCUGGCUGCUCUGCGGAGAUUGGCCGGGGUCUGUCCUGAAGGCCUCCAGGACUCCGACCUCCAGCAGCUCAUCCAGCCCCGGCUCGUGGACUCUUUCUUGCUCUGCAGUAACAUGGAAGAGAGUUUUGUGUAGACAGUGGGGGAGAGGAAAGCCUGGAGCCUCAUUCUCAUGCCCACUCCCUCCCUCCUUAUUUAUACUUAAUUUAUUUCCUCCCUAAGAUGGAAAGAGCCUAGCAAUAUCAGAAGACGGUCUGUGGUCUUUGAAAGCCUUUUUCUCUUCUUUUACUUCUGUGACUUUUCUAUUGUAGAUGUUGAAAUGCAAAGUGGCAAAUGUGACAGAUUGUCAUGGGCGACUCCAUCUUGCUCUCUCGACUUACUACAUCAUCUGCCUCCCCCCACCGGCCCCCACAUUUUUUGAGACCAAAAUAUUUUGAAUGUCCAAUAUUUUUUAAAUUGGAUUUUCUGUUUCUAAAACAUUUAAAAUGAAUUUUAUAGUCAAAAGGAACAUUUGAUUCUUUAAUAAUAAAUGAAUCCUA